GCAACAUUACUUUCUUAUGUCGAAACUAAUCUUUAAAAUUGAUUGCACCUUGUUGAGCCAAUCGAAUUGUAAAUUAUUGGACCCUGUAUGAGCGCGCUGAGCGCGCGCCGCAGAAACAAGUCAGUUUUCGAGUCGGCAGUGCCGUUGUUGGCCGCCAUUAUUUCUGUGUUCAAGUUAUUUAUUUCUUUUAAAAAUGGUUAAAAAUCCUAUAAAAGUGUACGGACGAGUUAAACCAGUGCUCAACAAAAAUCAAGCUGAGGAAUAUGAAAUCCACGACACAGCGGACGACUUUCAAACACUCAAUUUCAAUCUCAAACCACACGGAUUUUUUAAUGCGAAACCCGAAAGUCUUUCGUUUAGAUUUCAGAAAGUUUUCAAUACUUCAAACCAAGAGGAGGUUUUUAGCAUAGUCGCCAAGCCAGUAGUUGACAGCGUGCUUCAGGGGUAUAACGGAACAAUCUUUGCAUACGGGCAGACGGGGAGUGGAAAAACAUACAGCAUGACGGGCGGGCUUUCGCGAUACGAAGACCGAGGAGUCAUUCCUCGCACGAUCCAGCACAUUUUCAAGCAUUUUCUGGAGGCAGGCCUGACUCACUCCACCUUCAUCUCGUACCUGGAGAUAUACAACGAGUGCGGCUACGACCUCCUCAACCCGAACCACAAAGUGUCCAAGCUGGACGACCUGCCGUAGGUGGAGGGCGUAGCG